AUGAUGGCAAAGUCUGUAAACCUGCUACGAAUAUGGGUAUUUAUUGUCACCACUUUCUACCUUCAGACUGUCAAGGUUCAAGGUUGGAGCACUGGGAAUAAAAUUAAUGGAAUCGUCUACCGAAAUCAACGACAGGAGUACGCGAUCAUCCAAAGGAGCAUCAGCAUCAACCAUUGGAAUCGAAGAGCUGCAUUCUCAUUAUCAUCACAAGCUAACGAUAAUGACAAUAACACUGAUUUGGAGAUGAGCAAUUUUCCAGAACCGCUGGUCUGGUUGUGGUCGCCAUCAUCACACGGUGAUGAUGAUUCAGCGAUGACGUCGAAAGAUGAGGAAUGGAAACCAAUCUCGGAGGUCUCGCUGCUACCCGCUGCCAUUCGCACUUGGAAUUGGUCCAAACAUUUUGUACUCAAGUUGGGGUUGUGCCCCUGGGCCAAAGGCAGUUUGGAUACUCCCAGCGCCAUGCAAAUCUUUGUCGUGCCCAAAGAACAAGACAUUCUGUAUACUACUGGGACAUACGCCAAUGACAUUUGUCUGGCCGUAGCCGACAAGUGCUUACAGUAUUGUCAAAAGUAUCCCGAAAAGGAGUCGUCCAUUAUAUUUCUUGUGGUAUUUCAAGAAGAGGACGAAGAUGCUGAUUGUGUCCCUGAGGAAACCACUAUGGACCGCAUUGGUGGCUUUCACGACGCUUACGAUCAAUGGGAGCAUUUUAUCAAUUUUUACGAAUGGUUUACAGAUUUGGAAGACGAUUGGGAUUUGGAUGAUAUUAUUGUGGCACCAUUUCAUCCCAAUUGGCAAUUCGGUGGGGAUGGACAAAGGUUGCUGGAUUUUGAAAAGAAAUCUCCGUAUCCAACUGUUACCUUUGUGUCGGCGAAAGUAGUGGAACAAGCAGGAGAAGCAGCUACGGCGCAGAUUGCACAAAAGAAUGAGGAAACUUUGGAAGGAAAGACUCUGGACUCCCUUCAGGAGACAUGGGAUGAUUCUUUCUCAAUAUAA